AACAGAUGAUAUAGAGGGAGAAGAGGAGACGUAUGUGAGGGGUGAUCAGCAGUGUAAGGAGGAGGAGAUCCCUACAGAUAUCAGCACAGUACUGAAUGGACCCCAGCAUCCUCUACGGACUACGAGAAAAGGAUUACCGCAGAUGGACACACAAGCAGGAAUAUCUCAGAAGGACAUCUAAUGUUAUCCCCGGAUUGUGACAUAAAAGAUAAUGACAGUAGACCGGAUUCUCCAGGAGAUAACCCCAUUACCCCAAUUAUACAUCCAGCUCUAUCAGCUGAUCCCCCUGAUCCUGGGGAAUGUUCUCCUGAUCACUCUGAUAUUGGUGCAUCUGUUACAGCUCUGAGAGUAGAUACAGAGUUUCCCUGUUCUAUAGAUGCCAAAUAUUUUACACAGAACACAAAGCCUAUUAACCCACACAUAGGUAAGGCAGGUGAAAGGCCACUGAUAUGCUCAAAGUGUGGGAAAUAUUUUACGUGCAAAUCAGAUCUUGUUAUACAUCAGAGAAGUCACACAGGUGAGAAGCCAUUUUCUUGCUCUGAGUGCAGGAAAUGUUUUACACAAAAAUCACAACUUGUUACACAUCAGCAAAGUCACACAGGUGAGAAGCCAUUUCCAUGUUCUGAGUGUGGGAAAUGUUUUACACGGAAAUCACAUCUUGUUAUACAUCACAGAAGUCACACAGGUGAGAUGCCAUUUCCAUGUUCUGAGUGUGGGAAAUGUUUUGCACAGAAAUCAGAUCUUGUUCUACAUCACAGAAGUCACACAGGUGAGAAGCCAUUUCCAUGUUCUGAGUGUGGGAAAUGUUUUGCACAGAAAUCAGAUCUUGUUCUACAUCACAGAAGUCACACAGGUGAGAAGCCAUUUUCUUGCUCUGAGUGCGAGAAAAGUUUUACCUGUAAAUCGCACCUUGUUAUACAUCAGAGAAGUCACACAGGUGAAAAGCCAUUUCCAUGUUCUGAGUGUGGGAAAUGUUUUGCACACAAAUUACAUCUUGUUAGACAUCACAGAAGCCACACAGGUGAGAAACCAUUUUCUUGCUCAGAGUGUGGGAAAUGUUUUACACAAAAAUCACAUCUUGCUGCACAUCAGAGAAGUCACACAGGUGAGAAGCUAUUUUCUUGCUGUGAGUGCGGGAAAAGUUUUACCUGGAAAUCCCACCUUCUUAUACAUCAGAGAAGUCACACAGGUGAGAAACCAUUUUCUUGCUCGGAGUGUGGGAAAUGUUUUACACAGAAAUCACAUCUUGUUACACAUCAGCAAAGUCACACAGGUGAGAAGUCAUUUCCAUGUUCUGAGUGUGGGAAAUGUUUUGCACAGAAAUCACAUCUUGUUACACAUCAGCAAAGUCACACAGGUGAGAAACCAUUUUCUUGCUCCGAGUGCGGAAAAUGUUUUACACAAAAAUUACAUCUUGUUAGACAUCAGCGAACUCACACAGGUGAGAGGCCAUUUCUAUACUCUGAGAAAUAAAUCAGCUCUUGUUAUACAUCAGAUAAGUCACACAGGUGAGAAAGCAUUUCCAUGUUCUGAGUGUGGGAAAUGUUUUGCACGGAAAUCAGAUCUUGUUAUACUUCAGGGAACCCACACACGUGAGAAGCUAUUUUCUUGCUGUGAGUGCGGGAAAAGUUUUACCUGGAAAUCCCACCUUCUUAUACAUCAGAGAAGUCACACAGGUGAGAAGCCAUUUUCUUGCUCGGAGUGUGGGAAAUGUUUUGCACAGAAAUCAGAUCUUGUUCUACAUCACAGAAGUCACACAGGUGAGAAGCCAUUUCCAUGUUCUGAGUGGGAAAUGUUUUGCACAGAAAUCAGAUCUUGUUCUACAUCACAGAAGUCACACAGGUGAGAAG